UCCUAGCGACACCUUAAGGUGCCGCAGGUGGCUGCUGUGGAGGACUGAACCUCCGCAGAACCAUGGCUGUGUCUGGCUCGUCCUCGCGGGCCCCGCCCGGCUCAGAUAAAGUACAGAAAGACAAGGCUGGACGGACCUCAGGCCCCAGCCGCGCGAGGAAACUCUUGGGUUUUGAGUGGACAGAUGUAUCCAGCUGGGGAAGGUUGGUGACCCUGCUGAAUCGACCAACGGAUCCUGCAAGCCUGGCUGUCUUCCGUUUUCUCUUUGGGCUGUUGAUGUUGCUGGACAUUCCCCAGGAGAGGGGGCUUAGCUCCCUGGACCGAAGAUACCUGGAUGGGCUGGAUGUGUGCCGCUUCCCCUUGCUGGAUGCCCUGCAGCCACUGCCGCUGGACUGGAUGUAUCUUGUCUAUACCAUCAUGUUUCUGGGGGCUCUGGGCAUGAUGCUGGGCCUGUGCUACCGGAUAAGCUGCGUGUUAUUCCUGCUGCCAUACUGGUACGUGUUUCUCCUGGACAAGACGUCGUGGAACAACCACUCCUAUCUGUAUGGUUUGUUGGCUUUUCAGCUGACAUUCGUGGAUGCAAACCGCUACUGGUCUGUGGAUGGCCUGCUGAAUGCCCGGAAGCGGAAUGCACAUGUGCCUCUUUGGAACUAUGCUGUGCUGCGGGGCCAGAUUUUCAUUGUAUACUUCAUUGCGGGUGUGAAAAAGCUGGACGCAGACUGGGUGGAAGGCUAUUCCAUGGAGUAUCUGUCCCGGCACUGGCUCUUCAGUCCCUUCAAACUUGUAUUAUCUGAGGAGAUGACUAGUCUACUAGUGGUACACUGGUGUGGACUGCUGCUUGACCUCUCAGCUGGUUUCCUGCUCUUCUUUGAUGCCUCAAGAUCCAUUGGCCUCCUCUUCGUAUCCUACUUCCACUGCAUGAAUUCCCAGCUUUUCAGCAUUGGUAUGUUCCCCUAUGUCAUGUUGGCCAGCAGCCCUCUCUUCUGCUCCCCUGAGUGGCCUCGGAAGCUAGUAUCUCACUUUCCCAAAAGCCUGCAAGAACUGCUGCCCCUCAAGGCUGCCCCUCAGGCCAGUGCUUCCUGCAUGUAUAAAAGGAACCGGGCCAAAGGUGGCCAGAAGCCAGGGCUGCGCCAUCAGCUAGGUGCUGCCUUCACCCUGCUCUACCUCCUGGAGCAGCUCUUCCUGCCCUAUUCCCAUUUCCUCACCCAGGGCUAUAACAAUUGGACAAAUGGGCUUUAUGGCUAUUCCUGGGACAUGAUGGUGCACUCCCGCUCCCACCAGCAUGUGAAGAUCACCUACCGUGAUGGCCUCACUGGCGAGCUGGGCUACCUUAACCCUGGGGUAUUCACACAGAGCCGGCGAUGGAAGGAUCAUGCAGACAUGCUGAAGCAAUAUGCCACUUGCCUGAGCCGCCUGCUUCCCAAGUACAAUGUUACUGAGCCCCAGAUCUACUUUGAUAUUUGGGUCUCCAUCAAUGACCGCUUCCAGCAGAGGAUCUUUGACCCUCGUGUGGACAUCGUGCAGGCUGCCUGGUCCCCCUUCCGGCGCACACCUUGGGUGCAGCCAUUGUUGAUGGACCUGUCUCCCUGGAGGGCCAAGUUACAGGAAAUCAAGAGCAGCUUGGACAACAACACUGAGGUGGUCUUCAUUGCAGAUUUCCCUGGGCUGCACCUAGAGAAUUUUGUGAGUGAAGACCUGGGCAACACUAGCAUCCAGCUGCUGCAGGGGGAGGUGACUGUGGAGCUGGUGGCAGAACAGAAGAACCAGACUCUUCAGGAGGGAGAAAAAAUGCAGUUGCCUGCUGGUGAGUACCAUAAGGUGUACACAGUAUCACCCAGUCCUUCUUGCUACAUGUACAUCUAUGUCAACACUACAGAGGUUGCACUGGAGCAAGACCUGGCAUAUCUGCAAGAAUUGAAAGAGAAGGUGGAGAAUGGAAGUGAAACAGGGCCUCUACCUCCAGAGCUGCAACCUCUGCUAGAAGGGGAAGUAAAAGGAGGUCCUGAGCCAACACCGCUGGUUCAGACUUUUCUUAAACGCCAGCAAAGGCUCCAGGAGAUUGAACGCCGGCGAAAUACCCGUUUCCAUGAGCGAUUCUUCCGCUUCUUGCUGAGAAAGCUGUAUAUUUUUCGCCGCAGCUUCCUGAUGACUUGUAUCUCACUUCGAAAUCUGGCAUUAGGCCGCCCUUCCCUGGAGCAACUGGCCCAAGAGGUGACUUAUGCAAACUUGCGACCCUUUGAGCCAGUUGGAGAGUCGAAUCCUUCAAACACAGAUUCUUCAAAUUCUGAUCCUCCUGAACCAAAUUCUGACCAUAUCCACUCAGAGUUCUGAGAGGAGCCAGACAUUGGGGACAGAUGUGGGAGCAGCCAGUCACAGGGUCAUUAUCUAUGCAAUGGAGAUUUGAAAAAUUUUUUACAGAUAUUUACAUUUCUUUUCCUUGUCCAUAGCUCUUUUAAAUUCAGAGAUGAUUAACUUAGAGGAGCCAAGAAGGUAAAGCAAGGAUAAGAUUUAUCAACCCAAGGUUUAGAGACUAGGGAGGGGGUUAAAAGCAAUGUGAAAAUGUCCUUCUAGGAUAAAGGGGGAAGUCAGGUUUAAAGUGACUGGCUCCUUGGGGAAAAAGAUUUCAUGUACUUUGAUGAAAAUAGUAGCUAAUUAUUCUCAAGUGCUUGCUCUGUGCUAGGCACUGUGUAAAGUACUGUGCCUACAUUAUUACACUUAGUUCUUAAUGGUCGUUAGUCUUAUUUUGCAGUUGGAGAAACUGAGGCUUAGAGGUACCAUAAUUUGCUCAAGGACAUAAACCUAGUAAGGGCCGAUUGAUGGUUUGAACCUUAUGUCUGACUUAAGGUCCUGCACCUUUGUACCUUAUAAUUUUCACAAUCACAGUGAUUCUGAAAUGUAGCUUAAAACUUGUCUUCUUAAUUAUAAGUAUGAUUUUGAUGGUGAUCAGGUUCUAAAGGCACAGAGAAAUUUUCUCUUCACUACAAUUCUGGUUCCUUGUUUCUCGUAUCUAUAUAGCUGGUAAAUUUUUCACUAGCAGUUAUAAGAACAGUUAGAAGAGCAGAAAGUUAAACUAAUAAGGAAAUUUAGAUGAUUGGUAGUAGUAUUCUUCUAAAGAUAAGCUGAAUUUUUAGCAUUAUUCUAGCAUUUAGUGACAAAGUAAUGUAAGUAUUAACCAAACUUGGUGAGGGAUCAGGGAAUGUAGGUUUGGAUAUACAAAGGUAAUCAAGGAAACUCCUGAGUUCCAUGAAAAUUCAAAGGACUGGCACUGGGCUAGAAAUGAGGA